UGCUUCGCAAUAAGGGAGAAGAGUGAGUGGCUGUGCUUUCCAAAGAAGCCCCAAAUCACAUCAUAAAAAGCUCGAAUCACGAUGCCAUUUUUCACCACUGCGAGAGCACUCAGAUGUAGCGGUGGCGCCACCGCAUCGCCGCACCUCCACGUGGCGACGGUUGCGGAGGCCACGUGGCGCCGCGCCCUCUUCUAUGUCGUCGUCGUCGUCGUCGUCGUCGCCGCCGCCGAGGCCGUGCCCCCUCCGUCGCCUCCCCAAUCCCGAACCCUAGAGAGAAGCUUCGAAAUGCAGGCACUUUCUUCAAAAUGCAUCUGGUUUCUUUUAUCACAUAAAGCUCAUGGCCAUUCUCAUACUCGCGUUUCCGGAUAUCAUAAGUUUUGGAAGCAGGGAAGUAAAGAGGCUCUUCCAGCGAAAGAUUCCUCCAUUAAAGAGGCUAUUAGCGGCAAGCCUGUCUUGAAGGAUGCAAUGAAAUUUUUCGAUGCCGAUAUUUUCAAUGACUCAAAGUUACGAGAAAUGGAAGAGGGUGCAGAGGAAUUUAACGUACCCGCGUUUCGAGUGAACCGUAAGUUGGUUGCAUCUGUUGAUGGAGGUUUGCAUAAUCCAUCAGUUUUAGUAUUUAAUUCAUCGUGGGGCGGGAAAGAAGCACCCCAAGAUAAAAGAUUUGAUUAUCCUUGUCUCUGUAAUGUUAAGAGGCCAAGUAAUGAUGAGGAUAUUGCCUUUAUGACUGUACUUGAACUAGGAGAGCUUAUCAGGACUAAGCAAAUAACUUCUCGAGAACUUACUGAUAUAUUCCUCAAGAGAUUAAAGAGGUAUGAUCCUGUUCUUGAAGCUGUGAUCACCUUUACCGAGGAUUUGGCAUACCGUCAGGCAAAAGUGGCAGACGAGUUGCUUGAACAAGGAAAAUAUUUGGGCCCUCUUCACGGUAUACCUUAUGGUUUAAAAGAUAUAAUAGCAGUUCCCCACUAUAAGACCACCUGGGGUUCAAAAACAUUCAAAGAUCAAGUUCUUGACAUUGAGGCCUGGGUUUAUAAAAGGCUAAAAUCAGCUGGAGCCGUUCUUGUAGCUAAGCUCGUAUCAGGUUCACUAGCCUAUGAUGAUAUCUGGUUUGGUGGAAGAACUCGGAACCCCUGGAAUAUUGCGGAAUUCUCCACUGGUUCAUCAGCAGGACCAGCGGCUAGUACCUCUGCAGGCCUGGUUCCAUUUGCAAUUGGAUCGGAAACAGCAGGAUCUAUAACAUAUCCAGCUGCUCGCUGUGGAGUGACUUCCUUGCGCCCGACCUUUGGGACUGUCGGGCGAAGUGGAGUCAUGAGUAUUUCUGAGAGUUUGGAUAAGCUUGGUCCUUUCUGCAGAAGUGCAGUAGACUGUGCUGUUCUCAUAGACACAAUCCGUGGGAAAGACCCAGAUGACCUCUCUUCUCGUCAUGUCGAAUUUGAAGACCCGUUUCACGUUGACCUCGAAAAACUAACUGUUGGGUAUCUCGAAAGUGCCGAGAUAGAGGUUGUGGAUGUUCUUUCCUCCAUGGGUGUUAAGCUUGUUCCUUUCAAAUUGAACUAUUCGGUUGAGUCAGUUCAAUCCCUUCUUAACAUAACAAUGGAUGUUGAUAUGCUCGCACAUUUUGACAAGUGGCAACGGUUAGGGCACGACGAUGAAUACGAAGCCCAGGAUCAGUGGCCCGUGGAGCUUCGUCGUGCUCGAUUGGUGCCUGCAGUUGACUAUAUACAAGCGCAGAGAACUCGAGGAAAACUGAUAAGGGAAGUUCGCGAGAGCUUUAAAGUAGACGCAUUCAUCGGCAAUGCGACUGACUGGGAACUGGUUUGCCUGGGAAAUCUCGUCGGCCUGCCGGUGGUGGUCGUUCCAACAGGUUUCACGACCAUCGAGGAUCCGCCUAAAGGAGGGACCCGACGGCGAACCACGGUAACAACCGGCAUAUACGCUCCUCCCGACCGGGAUCACAUCGCUCUAGCUCUGGCAAUGGCUUACCAAUCAGUUACAGAUCACCACCUGCAGCGGCCGCCCAUCGACGAUCUCGGACCUGACGACGAGAUUCCGGUUCCGCCUAAUACUAAACCAUAGUGUGUGGAUCAGAUUCUUCUUGAAGAGUACACCAAGUUCUCUCCAUCAUCUGAAAUUGUGUGAAACAGUUUGUGUACUAGCUAUAAAUCCUGUUGUGGCACAAAGAAAGAAAAAAGAAAGAAAAAGAAUAAUAAAACUAUGAGAGGAUGAAUCUUUAUAGAGGUUUGAAAAUGUCUUGUGUAAUAGUCUUGGUUUGGA